GUCUUCUCCGCACUGGGAGCAGCUCUCUGGCCACAGCCCCUCAUCCUCUGAAAAUGUCCGCCUGUGCAAAGUUCGUCUCCGCCCCCUCCUUGGUCAGGAGCACCUGUCAGCUGUUGAGCCGAUCACUGUCUGCAGUGGCAUUAAAACCCCCAGAGACACUGACAGAUGAGAGCCUCAGCAGCUGGGCAGCCCCGCGUCCCCUGACCUCACUUAUUCCUAGCCGCAGUUUCCAAACCAGUGUUGCCUCAAGGGACAUCGACACAGCAGCCAAGUUCAUUGGGACUAGGGCUGCCACAGUUGGGGUGGCUGGCUCUGGGGCUGGAAUUGGGACUGUGUCUGGGAGCCUCAUCACUGGUUAUGCCAGGAAGCCCUCUCUGAAGCAACAGCUCUUCUCCUCCACCAUUCUGGGCUUUGCCCUCCCAGAAGCCACGAGGCUCUUCUGCCUGAUGGCGGCCUUUUGUAUCCUCAUUGCCAUGUGA